AUAAGAAGUCACAGUCCCGUCUCUCUCCUUUCUCAGUCUUUCCACCCCAAGCUACAGAUCGUCAGCAGAUAGGCGAAGCCCUCCGUACCUUCACACGACACGACACUCCCCACCGAGAAUGAAGUCUCUGGUGUGUAUUUUGUUGGCUGCAACAGUAGCAUCGUCUAUAGACCCGGCACUGGACAACCACUGGACAUUAUGGAAAGUCACCCACAAUAAGAAAUAUGACCAUGAGAGAGAAGACUUGACAAGGAGAUUGAUUUGGGAAAAGAACUUGAAGUUUGUGUCACUACAUAACCUGGAACAUGAAUUGGGGGUUCAUUCGUUCACUGUUGGAAUGAACCAUCUUGCUGAUAUGACCAGUGAAGAAGUGGAGGCCCAGCUAACUGGACUUAUACUACCUCCCCGUAAUAUGAAGAGGAUAGGUAACUCGUGGAAUGUUACAGACCGCUUUAUGGUGCCAGACGCUAUAGAUUGGAGGGAUAAGGGAUGUGUCACAAAUGUCAAAAAUCAGGGCUCCUGUGGAUCCUGCUGGGCAUUUAGCGCUGUUGGUGCUUUGGAGGGGCAAAUGAAGCUGAGGACAGGACAGCUGGUCUCCCUCAGUCCUCAGAACCUUGUUGAUUGUUCUACUAAAUAUGGAAACCAUGGCUGCAAUGGUGGAUUCAUGACCGAAGCUUUUCAGUAUGUGAUUGAUAACCAGGGCAUCGAUUCUGAUUCAGCAUAUCCUUAUCAUGCCACAGAUGGACAGUGUAUCUAUAACCCAUCUGGCAAGGCUGCCACAUGCUUGAAGUAUCAGGAAGUAACUCCUGGUGAGGAAAAUCUGAAACAAGCCCUUGGUACUGUUGGACCAAUAUCAGUAGCAAUUGAUGCAAAACAUGCUUCCUUUUACCUGUAUAAAAGUGGUGUCUAUGAUGAUUCAUCUUGCACUCAAGAUGUGAACCAUGGCGUUCUUGCUGUAGGGUAUGGAAACCUUGGAGGAAAGGACUUUUGGCUUAUAAAAAACAGCUGGGGGGAAAAUUACGGAGAUCAAGGAUAUGUCCGAAUUGCAAGGAACAAGGGAAAUAUGUGUGGAGUGGCCAGCUAUACGUCUUAUCCAGAAAUGUGAAAAUGGUCCCAAAACAAUGGAAAUAAAGCACAAUGUUAAAACUCUUUGCAGCUCUUUGUACAAUACUCAUUUUGAUUGUGGCUUACCCAUACAGAAAUAAUGUCAAGACUUUCUGUAUCCACUGGAAUCAAUACAAUAAACUUGACUAUGGACUUAUUUCAAA